UGCUUACGGCUUAGUCCCAAGAAUGUCUAGCAUGCCCUCUCUGGCCUGUUGUCGUCGUCGACUGUAGACUGCACAACCAUAUCCAUCGCCAUCUGCCACUAUGAGCGUGCAGCAGCCCCUCAAGACGUUCACGCGACGCGCGACCGCCGCCCAAUGCCUUCAACUCGCCCCCAAGCCCGCUCACCACAAGCCGCGAAUAUGGAGUAGCGAACGCAGCAUGGCCACUGUCGCGCCACCCGUCACCCAGAAUGAGGUUGGCAAGAAAGGCCCGACGGCCAUGGUUUUUAUGAACAUGGGCGGGCCAUCCACAACUGAUGAAGUGGGAGACUUCCUCUCUCGCCUCUUCGCAGACGCCGACCUGAUCCCACUGGGCCCACUGCAGAACUACCUCGGACCUCUGAUCAGCAGGCGACGAACACCCAAAAUCAAGAAACAGUAUUCCGACAUUGGAGGAGGCAGCCCCAUCCGGAAGUGGUCAGAGUACCAGGCUGAAGAGAUGUGCAAGAUCCUGGACAAGACGAACCCAGAAACGGCACCACACAAGCCUUACGUGGCGUUCCGCUAUGCAAACCCAUUGACGGAGGAGAUGUACAACAGACUGUUCGAAGACGGCUUCGGUAAAGGCAGAGGCGGACGUGCAGUGGCUUUCACACAGUACCCUCAAUACUCUUGCUCGACCACUGGCUCAUCACUAAACGAGCUCUGGAAAUGGCGUCAACGUCUCGAAUCGCCAACCCGCAACGCUGAAGCACCUGCAGAAGGCUCAAUCCAAUGGAGCGUAAUCGACCGAUGGCCAACACACCCCGGCCUAGUCGAUGCCUUCGCCGAGAAUAUCACGAAGCGACUCGAAUCCUACCCCGAGGACGUCCGCGACAGCGUUGUUCUGCUCUACUCCGCCCACUCCCUUCCUAUGUCCGUCGUGAACCGAGGAGACCCAUAUCCAGCCGAAGUUGCAGCGACUGUAUGGGCAGUUCAGCAAAAGCUAGGACACAAGAAUCCCUACAGACUGUGCUGGCAAUCGCAAGUCGGUCCAUCGGCCUGGUUAGGAGCGCAGACAGCAGAAGUCGUGCCAAACUUGCUCAAGAAGGGACAGAAGGAUAUGGUUCUCAUCCCUAUCGCUUUCACUUCGGAUCACAUUGAGACAUUGUACGAAAUCGACCAAGAAGUCAUUCACGAGGCAGACGAGAUGGGCGCUGAGGGACGCGUAAGACGAUGUGAAUCUUUGAAUGGCAGCACAACUUUCAUCAAUGCUUUGGCAAACUUGGCGAGCGACCAUCUCAAGUCUGGCGUCGUCUGCAGCAAGCAGAUGGGUUUGAGAUGCCCAGGUUGCACGAGCGAGAGAUGUCUCGAGUCGAAGCGUUUCUUCAUGGGCCAAGGUGACCAGCAAGGCAACUCAGCGUUGACUCUGUGAACAAGCCUCCAGCCGGUGUGUACGUUAGCGUUAUAUCUUGUGUAAAUAUCGCAUCAGAAAAAGGAAGAGUGGGAAACAGGUAUCGGAUCCGCUCAAUUGAUUCUAAUGGUUAGAGUGGUAUCAUUUCAAGCCAUACAGCAGACUCUACUAGU